AUGGCCGUGAAUCAGAUGCCAACACCAAGCGCUUUAAAAUGGCCGGAUGCCGUGCAGGAGUCCUGGCUGCUGUGUCCAAAGAGGACACACACUUGGCCUUCGUCGGACUGUGAAAAUGAGUUCGCAGUGUUUGGUCAAGCGACACAGUGGACAGGAGACUGCUCAGGCGUUGACGACUGCAAGCAAGAAAUUCCAGAAGAGCCGGCCAUGUGCGACAAGGGAGUCGGGAAGUCCAUGGAAGAGCUUAUGGAAGAAAAUGCCAAGUUCAAGCAGCUUUCAGAUACGCAACAGCAACUGAUUGCAACUCUGCAGGCUCAACUGCGAGCGCAAGAGGUCGACACGGAGAGUCUAAGGCAACUAGCAGCUUGGCAGGAAAAGGCAAUGAUCUCAAUGAGAGACCAGGUUCAAACUCAAUCAUCUUCUGAGGAUGAGAAGAGGUGGCGGAAUGCAUCUAAUGGCGAUGUAGAAGAAGACGGACGCGACCGCAAGGAGACUGUACACCAGGUACACACAGUGCAUGCUGCAAAAAAUGGGACUCCGAAGUCUCUUGACAAGCUGAAAUCCAAGCUGGCAAAGAUGAGCACGGAGACCACACUCUACAGAGAGCAGGCAGAUGCUCAUGCAAUGACAGCACUUGCCACAGCGGUGCGAGCGGGGUGGAAGGCUGCAUGCGUUCUCCCGCACGACAGCACCUUGCCAUCGCAGACCUCUGUGAGUCCAGCGGACAGAACAGAAUUUAGCUUUGUUGAAUGGCUCUUUACGAGAUCACUGGUACGACAUCGACAAGCUAAAGAUCCGUCACUUUGGUGCCCAGUCCCGCGAGUCAAAGUCUUGCAUGUAGAAAAGAUUGAAAACAGGACCUUUUUGAAACGGUAUGUUCAGCGGCGUGAGGAAUUGUUUGAGGAGAGGGCAGGCCACAGUUGCGAUCCUUUGCGAGACAUCAAGACUUGGAUUGGAAAGUCAAUGACAGUUCGGCGUUCAAUCGAGGAAGUCUGCCGCUGUUCAGAUUCUGGAGUGAACCUGAAUGAGGUGCUUCUCUUCCACGGUUCCACACACGGAAAGAUCAAUGGAAUCUUGAAUUCUGGCUUUGAUCCCCGCUAUGCGGGCCUAGGCACUGGUGCUAUGUUUGGUCAAGGAAGCUAUUUCGCACACAACGCAUCAAAGUGCUUUCGCUAUGCGGGUGAUGAUGGAUUUCGAACUUCGUCUGAGACUGGUGGUUUGCGUCAGUGUGUUCUCUUGGUGAGGGCUUUUCUUGGCAACCCACAUUACCAGGAGCACAUGUGCCCAGACAGACGCAUGCCUCCAGCGAACACCCAUUCCGUAGUUGCUUUGACCAAAGCAGAAGGGGGAUGUGUGGAUCAUCGGGAGUAUGUUUUGUACGAGAAGGCUGCCAUUCUGCCACUUUACAUCAUUGAGUUUGAGCAUUUACCUGACUGUGAAUGCCUUGUGUGCUGCGCGUGA